AUCGACUCCAGUAGAUGCUCAAACCUGACGGUUAUGAGUGCUUCGAUAAAUACUCAUUUAAACAAAAUUCGAAACAGAUUCAACUAAUAAGGAUUUCAUUCAGCCAAUUUAAGUUGUCUCCACAUCAAGGGAUUUAUUUUAUCAUUGUACUCAGUCGAGAAGUUAUCCCACUACAGACAUAGGCGGGAAUUUGGCUUCUCAAGGUUAGGGACGGUCAAACCAGGUGUCCCUCGAAGUCUGUAUUAGUGUCUCCUACUGUUUUCUGGUCGACACUUUGACAUUUACAUAUCAAUAUUAUUAACCAAUCACUAGCAUUCAAAAAAAGAAAACGCCUAUUAUCUCCAUCACAUAUAUAAUGCCUAUUCCAGCAUUGAAUAAUGCAUUUCUAAAAGAUUAUAAAAGUUUCAAAGUGCGCAGAUUACAAAAUAGUCAUGUUAUCAUUGAUGGAGAAGAUUUUAGUAAAUAUUUUUAUGAAAAUGAAAAGUUAUCUAUCACUUAUGGUGGAGAAUAUUUAUCUUAUGCUGUACAGUUAAAACAAUUUCUUCGUGAAAUUAAACAAUGUGAAAUUCAUCCUAUGUUUAUUUUUGGAUCCGAUUGUGAAAGAGUUGGUUUUCAACUUUCCAGUCAACUUCAAACUAUAGACUAUUUAAUAAAAUCAUCGUCUUCUUCAAAAGAUACUAAAAUACAUAAAAUCUCCGUACGACCUUAUCUUGGUUUCCUUCAAAGUGUUUUAGUCGAUAUACUAAAUGAUAUGGAGGUGAAACUAUUAAAAUCUCCCUAUCCUCGUAUACGUAGUUGUAUCUCACUAGCUACGCAUUUAAAUUAUCCUAUUCUCGGAAGUUCACCGGAAUAUUUUCUUGUCAAUUAUCAUCAAAGUAACUCGCAUACAUCAUCCUACUUUAUCCCAUUGUCACUUAUUUAUCGACAAAGUUAUGAAACUGACAAUAAUUCCACUUCUUGUAAUAAUGAACAACAGCACGAGCAACCACCACCAUCAGCAGCAGCAGCAGCAACCGCGGCCGCACCAGCACUGGUAAAAGAUUCAUCAAAUUCUUAUCUAAUAACGCAUGCAUUUCAACCAUCCACAUCGCCCGUAUCACGUGUUCAUACAGUUUGUCGACCGUUUAUUGGUUUAAUUCUAGGAAGUGAUACAUUACCGAAGACAAAAUUGCCUAUCUAUCUUUAUCCUAUUAUGAAUAGUAUAGAUGAGAAAGAUAGUAAAACUCGACGUUUAUCCACGCUGAUCUCAUGGUUUUCACAAUUUACAACUAAUCCAAAAUCACCGAUAAAUGAACUUGUAAAAACUUAUCCAUUACAAGAAAAAGGUAAAAUUUUAAAAAUAUUUACAGAAGUAAUGACAACUUAUAUACCUGAUGAACAAUUGGCUAAGAAUUUAGCCUUAUUAAUUAAUCAAUCUAAUAGUAUUACCAUUAGUGAAAGUCAGUUAGACCAGCUUAAUUUUAUUAGUCAUUCUAAAGAGCCUAAUACUGAUAAAGAAUUAGAAUUAUGGGAGAAACGUUUCAAUGAUUUGUUAAAAAUCAAUUCUAAUGAUGAUGGUGGUGAUGUUCAUGGUAAAUCUACUAUAAUUCUAGGCACUAUCAAUUUUAUCCAUGCAUGGCCAGACAGUUUAUUCCAGUUAUACAUGAGGCAUAAACUUGCACCAUUGAUUCUUACUCCAAUCUAUUGUGACGGGGGUGUUGUCUUCCCUUUACCAUUGAGAGAAAGUUCACAGAUUGAAUCAUCAUCAUCACUGUCACCAUCAUCUGUGUAUGAAAUCGCCUUACCAUUAAGAUGGAUGCAUUAUCGUAUAUUUUGUGGUCUUGAACAUCAGUUAGCCCAACGCCAAAAAUUGAUCGGAUUAACUGGUGCUGCCUCAUCAUCACAAUUAUUAGAGCAUUUUUGUCUCAAUGGUAAAACUUUAACCACUUUUCGUAUACAAAUUGAUCCAUUGAUUUUAAAUGUGAAUAAAGAUACUACAGAUCAGUUGAUAGCUAGUCUGCUAGGCAUCUCUUUUACACACUUCAAUACAGAAUUCCAAUGGAAGAUAAGUUUGGCGCUUACCUUAGCCUAUUGGUUUCGUGAAAGUGCUAAGAAUAAUAAAGCGUCAACUGGCACAAUUGAAUACAGUGAUAUUAGUCAAUCAUCGGUUGUUCUGAGUAUAGCAGCUAUUGCUGUCUGUAAUUAUUUUAAUGUCGAAGAAUCUGAUGAAGAAACUGUUCAGCAUUAUGGUGUAUUGAUAAGCUUUUUAAAAAAUAAACUCAAUAAUACUAAUGAAACUGAACAAUCAUCAUCAACAUCAUCAAUCAAUACAUCGUUUGUUCAUCAUUUGACUGCUAUUCAUUAUAUUUAUAUUUAUUUAAGAUCAUUAACAAAUCUACUUGAUCAAUUACUUCCAUCCGAUAAACAACAAUCUACCACCACUUGCCUUACUUUUCUGCCUAACUGGAUAAUUUUUCCCUCCGGUUGUUUAUUUUAUAAUCUUGUGAAUGAUUUCGAAACAUUGAAACCAGAGCAUAGAUUUCGUUUAGCAUCACGUUAUUGGCUGCCGAGAAUUUAUCGAAUCCCGAAAUUAUCGCCUGAAUAUGCAUUAAAGUUAAAAAAGUUAACUGAAACAUUUGAGCAUGUUAUUCAGAUAACAAAAGAAAUGAUAGGUUUAUCAACAACUGUACCAAUGAUUAAAUAUACAAAAGAACCGACUGUUAUACCCCCUACUGAUUUAUCAACUACUGCUACGUCGUCAGGUGGUGGUAGUGGUGGGGCAGGAGCACCAGGAGGAGGAGGAGGAGGGAGAAAACCUCUAGGCGGAGGCGGUGGCAGCAGACGCCGCAGAGGUACACCUUCAAUUAAAAGUACAUCUACUACGAAUAGUAAUCCGAAUACAAAGCUUCAGCAUAAACCACCAGCUUCACUAUUUUCAGACAUACCUGCUCCUUCGUAUCCUUAUCUUGCUAGUGGAGUAGGAGGAGGAGAACCUUUUUUCGUUAAAACACCAUUUGGUGAAUCAUCAAAUCGAUAUAAUGACAACAACGACAGUGCCUAUCAUCAAACUAGUCAAUCAUUAACAAAUUUAUCUAAAAAACAAUCAUCUAAACGAGUACCGUAUCAUUUACGGUCUACAGGUUAUGCAGCUCGACUACGUGCUCGUCUUGAAGACGGAACAAAUUGAACACAGAAUUCACUGAUUACAUAUUUUUUAAACUAUAAAUCAUUAUUAUUAUUUUUUUUUCGUUUGCGAAUUUGUUAUACUUUGGCAUUUUGUUAAAAAGUUUUGACUGUUUAAAAAAAAAUUAAAUUUCUGUUAUCAUCAUAA